GGCAGAAUAAAUCAAACCAACCGGCUGCCAAUGGCAACACAAAAACAAAAAUCAACAAUUCUCCCAAACAAAAAUCUGCAUCGGCUCUCUUCUCCGAGUGUUUUGCUCUCUUUCGGUUUACCCGCUCGCUUUUGCGAUUUUCGAAUUCACUUCAACUUCAAAAGUCAAGCGGAAAAGUUGGGCCCGUGGAAAAGUGAUCUUCACACGAAUUAACAGAUACAAAAGUUCAACGCCCAGUAUAAAUAACCCAACAAGCGAAAACAAUAAAUUAAUUUGUUUAUUUGGCACAUUAAUUGCCAGCGAAAGAGUCGCGUGUGAGCUUACCAAAGAGAAUUACGAACCAACUGGUAUUUUGAAAAACUAAAGCCCAUAUAGCGCGAGAUUCCACAGAUCGUCGACAAAAUGAACGACCGUGAAUUGAGCUGCAGUGCGGGCGGCCAGUUUAUGGAUCGCGGGCGGAUGAAUCAGAAUGGAGUUGUCCAGCCCCUGCUAACUGAUUUGUAUCAAAUAACUAUGGCCUACGCAUACUGGAAGUCCGAUAAGACCGAUGACACGGCGGUAUUCGAUCUGUUCUUUCGCAACAAUCCAUUCCAUGGUGAAUUCACGAUUUUCGCCGGGCUGGAGGAGUGCCUCAAGUUCCUGGAUAGCUUCCACUAUUCCCAAAGCGAUAUCGAAUACCUAAAGCAAACCUUGCCCGAGGGCAUUGAGCACGAGUUUUUCGAGUACCUCGGCAAUUUGACGGCGCGGGAUGUCACCUUGUAUGCCAUUGAUGAGGGCACAGUAGCAUUUCCACGAGUUCCCAUUAUUAAGAUCGAGGGACCUUUGAUCAUAGUCCAGCUGCUGGAGACGACUCUUCUCACCUUGGUGAAUUAUGCCAGUUUAAUGGCCACCAAUGCAGCCCGUUAUCGCAUGGUAGCUGGCAAACAUGUCAAACUAUUGGAAUUCGGCCUGCGUCGUGCCCAGGGACCAGAUGGCGGUCUAUCCGCAUCGAAAUAUUCCUACACAGGGGGCUUCGAUGGCACCUCCAACGUGCUGGCUGGCAAGCUCUUCAACAUCCCCGUGAAGGGGACCCAUGCCCAUGCAUAUAUCACUAGUUUCAGCAGCAUUGGAGAGCUGAAGACCCGGCUCAUCAAGCACAAGCAAACGGGCAUCAUGGAGGAUCUUCUGGAGCACGCCAUCAGGCACCGGGCGAUGCUGUCGCACCUCCUGGACGUGUCCACUGAGGAGUCCAGUGAGGGGGAACUGGCUGCCAUGGUGUCCUACGCCAUCGCUUUCCCCGACGGAUUCAUGGCCCUUGUCGAUACGUACGAUGUUAAGAGCCGAGAAACAAAACAAGCCAACACAGAACCCAAGCUUAUCAGUGACAUUAAGUCCGAGAACAGUCCGCCAAAGCCAAAGCCAAAGCCAAAGCCAUCAACAAAUGGCCAUCAAAAUGGUCAGAGUAAUGGCCAAAUAAACGGGCCCAAGACCAAUGGCGUUCAGAAUGGCAUUGCUCAGAACGGCAGUAGGUCGCCGACAGAUACAAACUUACAAGAUACAAAAACCAGCAAAACAACAACAACGACAGCAACAGCAACAACCACAGCAACUUUAAAGACAACCACAGUGUCCAAUGGGACGGCAUACCUACCAAAAUAUGUCGAGAAGUCAUUCAGGAGUGGCCUGCUGAAUUUCAGUGCCGUGGCUUUGGCGCUGAACGAUCUGGGCUACCACGCAUUGGGCAUCCGGAUCGACUCCGGGGACCUGGCCUACCUAUCCUGCCUGGCGCGGGAGACCUUCGAGAAGGUGGCGGAGCGGUUCAAGGUUCCGUGGUUCAACAAGCUGACCAUCGUGGCGUCGAACGACAUCAACGAGGACACAAUACUGAGUCUGAACGAGCAGGGCCACAAGAUCGACUGCUUUGGCAUUGGCACGCAUUUGGUUACCUGCCAGCGCCAGCCGGCCCUGGGCUGUGUGUACAAGCUGGUGGAGAUCAACGGCCAGCCACGGAUCAAGCUGAGCCAGGACGUGGAGAAGGUGACCAUGCCGGGCAACAAGAAUGCCUACCGGCUGUACAGCGCCGACGGCCACGCCCUGAUCGACCUGCUGCAGAAGGUGUCGGAGCCUCCGCCAGCGGUCGGCCAGAAGGUCCUGUGCCGCCACCCCUUCCAGGAGUCGAAGCGCGCCUACGUGAUACCCUCGCACGUGGAGUCGCUCUACAAGGUGUACUGGAAGUCGGGCAAGAUCUGCCAGCAGCUGCCCACCUUGGAGCAGGUGCGCGAGAAGGUGCAAAUCUCACUGAAGACGCUGCGGAACGACCACAAGCGCACGCUCAACCCAACGCCCUACAAGGUCGCCGUCAGCGAUAAUCUGUACAACUUCAUACACGACCUGUGGCUGCAGAACGCUCCCAUCGGCGAGCUCUCAUGAUCUAUAUAAGGAGGAUCUCACGAUCUAUGUGCAGAUGCGCGACAACAUUUCCGAGAAAUUAACUUUUAUUUGGUGUACAACUUUUUGUUGGCCGCGCCCUUCGGGGUCUUGGUUGAUAUUUUAGUCAUUUGCUGGUCAUAUGCAUUAUAGAAUUGGAAUUUGUUCAGUCCCACGAAUAUUUCCCAGAACAUGGAACACAAAUUCCAGCGCGAACUAGCAAGCGAAUUUCAAAUCAUUGUGUAGUCAAUAGUUUUAAAGUGUUAUUUCUAAUAUCUACUGCUAUAUAAAACGCACAUCAUAUUCAGGAAUGUGUCAUGUGCCUUAAACGAGAAGCGGAGCCGGAACCGGAAACAGAAACAGAAUCAGGAUGCAGUGAAAGCCCAAAAACAAGUAACUAAGAUCAACCAAAUAUUAAGCCAGGAUUUCAAAGCAAGGAAGAAGUGUUUAAUAUUUUUGUAGUACUUAAGUGUUGAAGAGUUGCUAACGAAGGAUGAAUGUAGAAGUACAAAUGCUUUUUAGGACAUUUGCACGCAUUAGGGCACACAUCAAGCACACACCUCAAUAUAUAAAUAUAUAACUUUACAUACUACGUUUAUGUAUCUAACUAAAUUCAAUUGUAAAUAUGUUCAACAGGAUAUUUGUAAGCCAAAAAGCAAUAUACUCCACACAAACACCGCCACUUCAAAAAGACCGCUUCUUAAAAAUGUUUGCCUGUAGUUUUGAUCGAAAAUAAAAAGUAAAGAAAGCAGGGAA